AUGGCAAAGGAUGCCCCAGUGGAAGCAGCCCUGCGGCACAUCCGCAUCUGCGAGUGCAGUGAGGACGUCCGAGUUGCUGUUGUGGCGACCCACGGCGUGACGGUCGUGGAUCUCACAGAGCCCGACAUGCGGCUGCGGUACCGACCGAUCCACGUGAACGGCCGGGCCUGCAACGCCAUGGUGGAGCGCGCUGUGCCGCCCCCGGCAGCUCCGGUGGCGCAUAGUUCACCAACAGGGCUGAAGCCAUUGCCACCGUCGUCAUCGUUGUGGUUGUCGAAGUGGGGCAUAACGACACAGUACAGUGGCAUACGUGAUGCAGUUGACGCGGCUUUCAUCGCCACUUCCUGUCUCGCUAUUGUUUUCAGCGAUGAGGCAGUUGUCGUUGAGCUCGGUGCUGACCCCAAGAGAGAUUUUAUCAAGUGGCGCAUCUGUAGCUCCUACAGCACACUGGCUGUGUGCCGUACGAACAUGCAUCUUGCCUUUGCGCUGCACUCCUCCGCGGUGGAAGUGUUCCCGCUGAAGGUGACAUGCCGCCAGCAGUCGGUUACCCCACCGAUGGAGUGCGAGCCAAGUGUCAUCUUCUCCCCCACACACAAGCAGAACUCCUUCUUAUUAGAGCCAAUGAGACGUGACACCUUUGCGUGGCGUGGCGUCUCAGCUAAACUUGGCGUCUACAAAGUGACAGCACUCGAGUGGCACCGUGUCGCCAGCCACACUAUCCUCUGCGUCACUUGCCAACAUCCACAUGACGGGCGUCUCUCCGUGGCUCUCUUUACCGUGCAGUCUAUGUCUUUGGCAUGGCCUCUGAAGGCACGAAAAGGGGAGGAUUCGGCUGAUGUGUUACCGUGUCAUAAACACGACCACUCGUUACAGCUUAUACCUCGUGGAAACGUCUCACUCAGCACCAUGUCGUCCGCUCCUCUCACAACACAACUUGUCCCUACCUUGUCCCGCUCGCGUGACACCGCGUCGCUGAGCAACAAGCUGGAGUUCCUCUCACUCGACAAAGAUGGCACUGUACGCACCAUGAGCUACAGAUUCGGCCAGCAGAAACAAGGAGGAUUUCCUAAACAGCGCAGUGCCGGCCUCACUGCAUCGAAAGUGCUGCUUCCGUUGCAAAAAAACUACGGUGAAAUAACACAUAUGAGCGUUCUCCCCAUUUGGAAGGCACGAGCAGUGGAGUUCGGUACCUUCACGCCUCAGGCGGAGCAGCUAAUGGGGGCCCGACGUUAUCGCUUGUUGGUGCACUUCGCAAGCGGCAUGGUGGCAAAAGUGAUGGUAGACCUUUUAACGUCAGUGGCGCGUUUGGAAGCGUUUCUGACGCUCGGCGCAGACCCACUUCCGUUGUGUCUCACCACCAGCCGUGGUGCUUGUGGGGAGAAGCUUCUUCUAGGACUCUCCCAGGAGCGUGCUUUCGUGAUUGAGAGAGUCGUGCGGGCUCCCGGUAUUGCCGAGACAACAGUGCGGGCGGUUGCGCCCAUUUUGGCAGAGCACCGCCAUCGAUUCCAGGUACAAAACGCGGCUGUUGUUGCCACUGACACCAAUAAAGGGGAAGAGACGGCUGUUGCUGGUGUUGCCGCUCCUACAGUGGCGGGGGUUGUGGUGACAGGUAAUGUGGGGCCUGAGGAAAAAACAAAGAGGGAGGAAGAGGCUGUGCGCCUUUUCAUGGAGGUAAAAUGCCCUGACAAAGUGCGCAUGAUUCCAUCGUUGUUGAAGGCAUGCAGUGGUGACGCAGGGAAGCUCUUGACGCAGUUGACAGCAAAGUACGGUCCAGUAGAGCCACUCUCUGUUGUUUACAAUAAAAGUCACAACGAUAGCAGCAGUGAUAGCGCCCCUAUAGCUACAGCCACAGCUACAGCUACAGCUACUGCUGCUUCUGGGGUGCCCACACCAUUAGUCUCACCUUCAUCACCGAUCUCUGGAGUGUGGCUCACAGCAAAUGAGCUGCAGGCCACCGCGGACGGCUUUGCCUACACCACGCGUCUUGCGAUGAACAGCGUGAGUCAGAUGUGGCAGAUUCCAGCCGUUCCCCUUGAGAGCUUCGCUGCGGCGAUGGAUGAGAUUGUCGUGCAUACUGCACGGUUCCCCGCGACAGCACCGGUGCGCUGCUUGGGCGCCAGGCCUGUGGAACACAAUCAACGUCAUCCUCACGACAAGAGCCAUGAUGACAAUAGUCACGAUGCCGACAGCGAGGUGUCGUGCGAGUGGGUUGAGGCCACCGGCAGCGUCUCAGUGCGGGCGCCGAUGCUACCCGAUGAGCCCCCACUCUCGCUGCGGCCAUUUGAAUCUUACCAGCAGUACCGCCCCGUGCAGCUGACAGCUAUGAGGCUCGCGAGCAAUGUCAUUAUUGUUGCUGUUAUGGGGGCUACGGUUGACGCGGAGUGCAAAACGGUGUUUCUGCUCUAUGCGCUGGAUCUGUUGCGCGACGUUGCAGCGCCGCCAAUGUUCACACUUGAGCUGGAGGUUCAUGACGUUAUAUCGUUUGUGCUCUGCCGCAGUGGCGAUGCUGUAUUGCUGCGGCGGCACCAAAAGUCUGUUGAGCGGCGAACCCGCGUCGCCAAUGAUAGCGAGGAGGGUUACUGCUGGUGUGAGGCGAAACCGGCGGCCGACGCCAUGCUCUGGCGUGAGGAAAUAACGGCGAUGGCGCCCCUGUGGAUGGAAGGUGAACAAGAUCGCGGCGACAACCAAAACACUGGGGAAAAGCAGUUAGAGCAUCUGCUGUUCCUUUCCUCCGACGGGUCCUUUAUUCACACCUGCGAUAUGGCUGCGGUACAGGAGAAGCCUUCCGCGCCAUCCAGUCGUGCGAAUGCCAGUGCCACUGUGGGAAUGGAGCUGUGGCACCCCACUGCGGUGCUGGUGCUGCUGGGCAUCGGAAGAUCAAGGGUUGUGCAAUCCGUUUUGCGGCGCGUGCAGGAGCUCGCCACAACGACGACGACCGACAGUGGCGUUUGUGCUUCGGCGGAGCCGUGCGUGACCGCGAUGGAGAUGUGCCACAAUCCAAUAAGUGUGCGUCUAUACGAACAGCCCUCAGUCGCACAGGACGACGCGGAAGCGGCGGUGGCCGCUUGCAUUGCUUCGCUGGACCCUGACGCGCAGCAGGAGGAGGAACAACAGUUGUUGCAGCAGGAAGAGAAGGAUGAUGGCACGACACCGUUUGGGGCCGAGCUCACGCUGGAGCUACUCGAGCGCGUCAUGGAGUUGCUGCCGACGCUUCGGCUGCGGGGGCUCGACAGCCAGGAGCAGCUCACACUCCUCUGCGUGUUGGACGCGAUGCGCGCGGCAAAGUUGCUCGGCACUAGUUUGGACGUGGCCGCCUCCCGUUUUUUCUUCUUGUACAAAUUACAGCAGCUCCAGCGACGCCUCCGUGUGCAUGCUACACCGUCCGACGACGUUCUGCAUACGCAUUCGGCGUUCCUUUGGGCGGCGCUCUCCGACGCGCAGCCGCAGCUGCUGGACGGCCUCUUCAGCGGACACAGCGAGAAGGGCGCGGUGACGUGGCAGGAAGUGGAGGCCGCCGGCGUGCCGCUGUGGCUGCAGUCGCGACAGGCGCUGCGCGCGCUGGCGGAACGAGUGGCGCGCGGGCAGUACCACGCCACGAAGGACGUGCGGGAGUGCGCUCUCAUGUAUGCUCUCGCCGGUAAGGUUGGCGUUCUCGCGGCACUCUGCAAGGCGGAGCGCAAUGAAAAGCUGUACGCGUUUUUCUCACGCAACUUCACUGAGCCGAAGCACCGAGAGGCCGCCUCUAAUAACGCGUUCGUGGCGGUUAGCAAAAAUCAAGUCACGUACGGUGCGGCCUUUUUCGCUCUCGCGGGGGAUGCACGAAGUGCUGCACAGGUUCUGCUGCAGCGCCACAACAGCGUUGCCCUCGCUCUGUUUGUUCUGCGACUGGCUGGAAAUGACACGGAGGAGGAUUUGAUGUGGUUCAUGGAGCAGCGGCGACGCGAAGAGGUGCAGUACGGCCCGAUGGACGCUUGGGAGGAGGCAUGCCUGCAAUGGCGCUGCGGCCACACACAGGAGGCUCUGCUUCUUCUGGCACGGCGUACACCACUCGGCGCCGCCGACGCCGCCGACAGACUGAGCCUUUUACGGUACGAGGGACGACGCAAACUUGGGGCGGGAGGACAUCUACCUCUCCUUCAAGAGCUGCUGCUGCUGCUGCGCAUCACUCGCCUCUCAGACACUGCAGGAAUGCGGCUGCCGACGCUUAUGUGCUGUCGUGAGGCAGAGGCGCUACUUGUGCAGAUGUGUGGUACUCAGGUAGGAGGAGGAGACGAAGGCGCGACUGGAGAUGUCACUGCCGCCGCCGCCGCCGCCGUUGCUGCUGCUGCUCUUCCUCCUCCACGCAUGGAAGCAGACUUCAACACGGGCACCCUGGCAUUCCAUGGCUUUGAUAUCGAUGAUUAUGAUGAUAGCGACGACAAUGAUGAGAACCGUGAUGUUGGAGACAGCAACAAUAAUAUGAGGAGUACCGGGCCAGCGGCUGUGGAGACAGCAUCUGCAUUUGCUGCAGGUUCAACAGCAACAAAUGGCCUGCUGGACGCUGCCACAUCAAUGGCACUGGAGCGGGAACUGCAAUACACAAGGCGAAAGCUACAGAAGGCGCAGUCCACCAACACCAUGACAUCACAUCGACGAGGUGAUAGGGACAUGCACACUGUUCUCGUAUGCUGUGCACACUUAGUGGUAGCUGUUGGUAGACAGGCACCAAUCACUGUCGUCGAGAAGCACUUGACACGUCUCUUUGAGAGGGUGUUGCUGCUAGAGGACGACCACGCCGAUGUGACAGGGGCGGGGGAGCUCCUUGGCGUGGGUUCACGCCUCGUGAUUAUCGCCGUGAGGCUGGCGCUGUUAUCGGUGAUGCUGCAGAACGCCGACUACGCGCUGGCGAACGCACUUCUGGGGUACCCAUCCCUUGUUGAUGUCCUCCAUGAGCAGAAGUCGGAGGCGGUGACGUUGCACACUGUAGCCUCAUACGUGCGUGCUGUACGCAACGUCCACGGCCGCGUGCGGGCGAUGACGGCGGAGAGGGUGCAGCACAAUCUGGCGGAGGAGCAGGAUCAGGAGCAGAAGCAGGAGAUGUAUCAUACGUUGGGAUCUGCAUAUUUUUCUACCCUUACGGGUGCUCGGCAGGGUGAACCUGACGACGGCCACCCGUCGACGGCAAAUGAGGAGGAGCUUCGCGGGUUUUUGCUGGCGUGGUGCGCUGCCUUUCUGCAGCUUUGUGCCCUCAGCGAGUUGCGGGAAGAAGUGCAGCGCUUGCGGGCGGUUCUCUCGCAGCAGGAACAACAACCACCGACUUCGUACUCACGGCUGCUGAUGUUGCUGCUCGGCUGCAUGUUGUGCCGCACCACACUUGCCUUCAACGCGGCAGCGGCGCAACUCGUGGGUUAUGUGAUGACGGUGCGGCAGCUCGACGACAGCCUCGCCACUAACCCCAACGGCAUCUUCGUUGAAGAGGAACAGGAGCUGCAGCGGGUUGCAGAGUUGCUCGAGUCCAACCUCGUCGUCAGCUCCAGCGAGACUGAGCCGGUGUGGCCGCUACUGCAGAUGGUCUCAUUGGAUCUCUGUGUGGGUCGUGCGGAGUUCUUCUGGCAGCUGCCGCAAACGAUUGCGAAAAUAUCCACAGACACCGACGCGGUGGUGGUGUUGUUGCGAGACGCCACGCAGCCACACGCUGCUGCACACCUUCUCUAUGGCCAGCUGAGCGACGGCGCGGCGGUGACGCUUCGUCGCGUGGAGGCUGCGUGGCUGCGGCGCCACCAUACACACAGCAGCUACCGCAAGUGGCUGCUGGAGACCAGCCUGCGUGGCAGUUUGACGACGCUCAUCACGACGGACAGGCUUGUGCUGCAACAGGCUUGCCACGCAGUGGGAGCGGUGGACUACGACCGCUCCAGCUGUGACAGCCUCGUGUGGGGCACUUCUGCUGGAGUGGAGGUGGGGCACGGUUACCGCGAGAUCCUGGCUGGCGAUAACGAGGCCGCGAUGCUGCGCGAGCAGCCUGAUCGCAACGUCGCGACCGCGGCCUUCUCCAUGAGCCUCAGCACCGCUGAUGGCGAGGAUGGCGCAGAGGAAGCGACAGCAACGACAACAACAGCCACAGCAGCAGCAACAGUGGGAGGGGUGGACGCGAUGUACCGUAGCACGUUGUCGCGGCGGCCACGCUUUUCGCUCGCCGCCAACGCACGCGUUGCGUCACACCCGCACCUCCCAUUCUUCCUUGCUCGCCACAGUGACGGGUGUGUGGAUCUGUACGCUUUCACCUGCACCGAGUGCGUGGCGACCUUCAGUUGCCAGGGAAGCUACGUCGUAACCGACAUCGCAUACUCGCCCAACGGCUACACCUUUGCUGCGGGUCUAGCGGACGGCAGUGUGCGGGGCUGGUGCUUCGGCCUCGGCGCUGCCACGAGCGACGCGCUCUUCGUCCACCGAAUCCUCCCGCCGGGCGGCGUCAAGGUGACAAUGUUCUGCGGCAACCAGCCCUCGUUGCUCGUCGUCGUUGGCUUCGACUUUGCGGGGAAGGCCAAUGGAGCGGCAGCAGGAGGAAGCGGUGCGCCACAGUCAAAACGGGCGAAUCCACACCAGCGGCCAACUGUUGGCGUUCUUCUUAUUCUCGACGUUGUCGUCCAUGGCGGUGUGGUGGUGCGCCGGGAUUUGCCCUUUGUGCCGGAGUACGCGGCGUACAUCAGAAACCCCGACAGCGUGCUGUGUGUCGCCGCAGACGGGCGGGCGGCACUAUAUGACAUGCGGAAGUCGCACCUCUACAUCAUCGCGCCCACCCCCGUCAUGCACCCACCGGCCACGGUGUCAUGUCUGGCGGUAAGCCACUACGACGACCUUGUGGCGCUAGGCACAGAAGACGGACAUGCGUUGCUGCUGCAGUUUAGCACAAUUCUCGAGGUGGCGCAUGCGUGUGUGGAGGAUAUGGACGUCCACGCCACAGAAACGAGCGUGUCAGAGGAGAGCGUUCUCCACAAGUCGUCGCGCAUGCAGCUCGCACCGGUGCUCACAUCGCGCUGUGGUGUGCGCUGCAUGGUGUUCACGCCGUCUGUGCUGCUCGCUGGCCUCGCAGAUGGGAAGCUCGUCGCGGCUACACUUGUGUCGAAUGCCCUUCGCCAAGGCAAUAUGGUGCUAUAG